UCCCCGGCGCCGGCGCCCUGCUUUCCCUCCGUUUCCUCAGCAGUACUGGCCUCUCGCCUCCGGCACCGCUUCCGCGACUGAGCGGCGUCCGUCGUGGCGGGCGGGUUGAGUGUCAGGGACCGAAGGAGCAAGCGGGCCGGCGCCAGAAUGCCGCUGGGCCUGAAGCCGACGUGCAGCGUCUGCCGCACCACUUCCUCGUCCAUGUGGAAGAAAGGCGGGCAGGGCGAGAUCCUUUGCAACAAUUGCACGGGCCGUUCAGGGCCGGCCGCCGCUGGGGCAGCCGCCUACGCCACUACCUCUGGGGCCUCGCAGCACAGCAACGGCGGGAGCGGCGGCGGCGGUGGCGGGAAGCAGAGUAAGCAAGAGAUUCACAGAAGAUCUGCUCGAUUAAGGAACACAAAAUAUAAGUCUGCUCCUGCUGCUGAGAAAAAGGUUUCUACUAAAGGAAAAGGGAGAAGGCAUAUUUUUAAAUUAAAAAAUCCCAUCAAAGCUCCAGAAUCUGUAGCCACCAUAAUUACAGCAGAAUCUAUCUUCUAUAAGGGAAUAUACUAUCAAAUUGGAGAUGUUGUUUCAGUGAUUGAUGAGCAAGAUGGUAAAACAUACUAUGCUCAGAUUAGAGGUUUUAUUCAAGACCAAUACUGUGAAAAAAGUGCAGCUUUAACAUGGCUCAUUCCUACUACAGCAAGCCCAAAAGACUAUUUUGAUCCUGCAACUUACAUAAUAGGACCAGAAGAAGAUCUUCCAAGAAAAAUCGAAUACUUAGAAUUUGUCUGUCAUGCACCUUCAGAAUAUUUCAAAUCUCGAUCAACUCCUUUUCCUACAAUUCCUACUAGGCCAGAAAAAGGUUAUAUCUGGACUCACGUUGGACCUACUCCAGCAAUUUCAAUCAAGGAAACUGUUGCCAGCAGCUUGUAGUAUCUCUUCAGAAAAUGUUUUUAUUUUUAUUUUAGAUUACCCAGCUGACUUCUAUUUAUUGUUUAAAUCUGUGCCUUUGUCAAUUUCUUUUCAUUUUUGAAAUUGUAUUUUCUUUCUCAGAAAAAAAUAUGAUUUUAUCUAGAGAAAUGAGUAUUUUUAAGUAUCCCUGCUGUGUUAGAACUAUACUCUUACAUUAGGAUACUGUGUACAGUAAUUCGUAUUUAAUUUGGUCAUGGGGUGGGGGGUGGAGACAGGCAUUCAUUAAAGUGAGCUGGAAUUAUAGCAAAAUGGAGGAAAAACUUGAUGCAGAUAGGUUGAAACACUAUUUGAAACUUGUAACUGAAAAACACUAUGGAAAAAAAUUGAGUACAUUUCCACUCUUGUAUAUGUUGUGUGCUAUCCAGAAAAAGGUACAAAGUCUCCUUUAGAUAAAACCCAUGGUGAUUUUAAGAAACAUAGAAGGUUCAGCUGUAAAAUAGUUUUGGUGGAAAACCAUCUGUUCCAACAUGACUCCAUUAUAACAGGCACUUUUGUUUGGAUGAUGGCUUACAUCAUAACCUUAAUGUGGAUUCCUGAAUCAAUUUGUUAGUCUUGUGAUAUAUUAAAGGAUAUUUAUUCAUCCCAAGGAUAUUCAAGAGGCUUGGGGCAAUAUAACCCUCUGCCUCUUUACCUUUGAUCCUUGCGGCUAAUAGAGGUAAGUGGUUGGAGGCAGGACUGAGAAGUUAUUUAUUAAAAGAAGGGUAAGUCCCAGAUUUAUUUUGAUAGCUGAAUAGCUAUUCCUAAGGAUAUUCUAACUGUAUCCAGAGAAUUAUUUUAGCUUCUACCGGUUAGAGUUACUUUUGUUUUAGACAUGGUAGUUCAGAAAUGGAGGUGGUUUGUCAGAUUAACUUGGAUAAUACAGAAAUUUGAUGCAAAUAUCACUCUAACCCAUUAUAUGAUUUUUGUCUCAAUGUGUUGUAAGUACCCAUUUAAUUAUAGGUUGUUCAGAAACCAUGGUUAAAUUGUGGCUUAAUGUGAUGCACAGUCCCAGCCUGAUUAUCUCCAUUUGUAUCAGGAAUCAGAUUUAAUUUUAGCAUCAAAAUGGCUUUUAAUGCUGCUGCUGCUCAUGAACAAUUUUUAUGAAAUCCAGAUCUUUUUUGUAACCCUACAUAAAACAAUAAAAGGGCUGCAUUCA